AUUUGUUCAUAUAACGUUACAAAACUACUUUCACUUUUUCUCAGUACUAACUUUUAAUGAUUAGGCCCUCAACGAGAAAUAACUCUAAAGCUAUCGUCUAACAAUAGCACAAGUACCGAAGUUCAAUUGCGAUAUCGAAUUAUGUACUAAUGUUCAAAUUCUUUAAUUCAAGUACAAUAAAUUUUUAUCAUAACUCAAGUCCGCAGUCGAUUAAUUACAAGUAUAAAGGUCGUUUUGAGAAAUAAAAUUGAUUUCUAUUAUAAUAUAGGAUAUCAGAAUGAUCCGUGGUAUGAAUAAAAUAUGUGGACAACGAAGCUUUCUUGUGGAACCAUAUGUCAGUUCUUUACAAAUGUCUUCUCACUAUUCAUCAGCUAAACCUGCUGUCAAUGUCCAAAAUUUACCAAGACUACCAGUACCUAAACUUACGGAUACCUUGAACAAAUAUUUGAAAACUGUGAGGCCCCAUCUAAAGGAUGAGGAAUUUGCUGUCACCUCACAACUUAUUCAAUCAUUUGGUGCCGAAGGAGGUGUUGGUCAGAAAUUACAGGGAUUGCUGGAAAGAAGAGCACAAGAACAUUCAAACUGGCUUGAAGAGUGGUGGUUACUCACGGCUUAUUUGGAAUAUCGGGAUCCUGUUGUUGUAUAUUCUAGUCCAGGUUUAGUGUUUCCAUUUCGUAAAUUCAACACUCAAGAUGAACAACUGAAAUAUGCUGCAAAAACCUUACUAGCUGCACUUGAAUAUAAAGCCCUAAUAGACAGUGACAAAAUUCCAACUGAAAUGAUGGGUAAAAAUCCACUUGACAUGUUGCAGUAUAAGAAAAUUUUUGGAACUUGUAGAAUACCUGGAGAUAAGAAGGAUAAAUUAUCUUUCAAUGAUAGCAAACAUGUUACUGUCAUUCACAACAAUCAUAUAUUCCAUGUGGAUCUUUGGGGGGAAGAUAAUGUAGUAUUGAGCGAGGACCAGAUCAUUCAACAGUUAAGAAGAGUUGUGGAACUAUCAAAAACUCCUACGGAUCAAGCUAUAGGCGUGCUGACAUCAGAGAAUAGGGAUGCAUGGGCAAAGGCAUAUGAACUACUUACGAAAGAUAAAGUGAACAGGAAUUCAUUAGAAGAUGUGGAAAAAAGUAUCGUAGUCUUAUGUUUAGAUUCAGCUGUUGGUCUAUGGGAUUGCAAAGAUAAAAAUGCUCAACAGAAUUUAGCGGCCGCUCAAACCAUACACGGCGGCGGCUCUCGUUCCAAUGGCAGAAACCGCUGGUUCGACAAAACUGUACAGUUCAUUGUUGGCGCUGAUGGUAUAACUGGCCUAACAUAUGAACACUCACCAGCCGAGGGACAGCCCAUAGCUGUUUUAACCGACUUCGUUAUUAACUACAUUGACCAAGGCAAACAGGGACAAUCAGUAUCAGCGAGUCCUAAGGAACCAGUUCAACUAAAAUUCAAUGUAACAAACGAGGUUUCUACAUUAAUUCAAACUGCAGAUGAAAGCUUAGACAGAUUGGUGUCUAACCUGGAAUUGAAUUGUUUUACCUAUGAAAAGUAUGGUAAAAACUUUAUUAAAUCACAAAAAUUAAGCCCUGAUAGUUAUUUACAAAUGGCAAUGCAGUAUGCAUUUUAUAGGCUUCACAAAACUCCUGGAGCCCACUACGAAUCUGCAGCAACCAGAAUGUAUAUUGGUGGCCGCACUGAAACUAUAAGGUCAUGUUCAAUAGAAUCUAUCGAAUUUGCCAAAACUAUGUUAGAUGCUCAAAGCUCACCUAAGCAAAAGUUAGCUGCUCUGCAAAAAGCUAUACAAGGUCACAAAGAUUACACAGUGCAGGCUCUCCAAGGUUUCGGUGUAGAUAGACAUUUAUUAGGACUAAAACUUAUUGCUAAAGAAAAUGGCAUUGAUAUACCCAAUCUGUAUACCGAUGCAGGAUUUAUAAAAAGUGCUCACAUGCGAAUUUCUACAAGCCAGGUUGCUUGCAAAUGCGAUGGAUUUAUGUGUUAUGGACCUCUCGUACCUGAUGGUUAUGCUACAUGUUAUAAUCCACGUGAUAACGACAUUAAUUUUGCAACGUCCUCAUUCUUGUCAAAUUCUGAAACAGCGUGUGAUAAAUAUCGAGCUGCUUUGGAGCAGUCUCUUCAAGACAUGCAUGAUGUUCUUCUUCAGAAUACUAAAGCGAAAUUAUAAGGCUAGUA